GGUCAAGUCUGGUUCCUGGGGAGGCUCUGGGUUCUCUGAAAGGAGUCCGCUGUUCAAAGUUGCGGGUCCUGGGGAAAGGCUCAGGGCUACAGGCUGCUGCCCCAACACUGAGAAAGAAGAUGAGUUUUUUAUUUUUAAAGAAGUAAAAUGUAGAAACAAAGUUGAAUUGGAGCCGUCGCAACAGAUCCCUGAUGGAGAGUCUCUGUGAGAGUGGCCUAUACAGCUCAGGCUAAAGCUUUUACAAGAGCUUCCUGGAGAGCAUCCUCCUAGCCAAAAUGAAAUAUAUUACGAGGCCCUGGAGACAAAGAUAAACCACAGUGAAAUCAGCUCCAGAAUCACUGAUCAAACAGUAGAGCGGCCCGGUUUGUUGAAAAGGUAUUGCAGUGCCCAGGAGCAGUUGCUGAAAGUCAGGGUCUCCAGAGCUGAGAAAUACCACAGAUUCCAGAUGGCUCAGAUCAAGCAGUCCCUCGUCUCCUAAAGCGACGAAGAGACAUGAGACAGUGCUGCCAAGUCUGUCAUAGAUCGCUCCAUUACCACCUCUGCCUGACACUUCCUAUCAAUCAACUGUCAAGUCAAGGCAACGAAUUGAGGCCUCCUGAGUUAGCCACCAAGUACGCAAACUUUUCAGAGGGAACUUGCAAGCCUGGACAUGCUUCAGCCUUGAUGACUGCCAUCUUCCCCCGGUUCUCCAAGCCAGCACCCAUGUUCCUGGAUGACUCCUUCCGCAUGUGGGCUAGGAUCCAGGAAUUUGUGCCGCCUUUUGGGAUCAAAGGUCAAGACAAGCUGAUCAGAGCCAUCUUGUCAGUCACCAAAGAGUACCACCUGACCCCUGCCUUGGACAGCCUCAGUUGCCGCCGCUGCAUCAUCGUGGGAAAUGGAGGUGUCCUUGCCAACAAGUCUCUGGGGUCACGAAUUGAUGACUAUGACAUUGUGGUCAGACUGAACUCAGCACCAGUGAAAGGCUUUGAGAAGGACGUGGGCAGCAAAACGACCCUGCGCAUCACCUACCCUGAGGGCGCCAUGCAGCAGCCCGAGCAGUACGAACGGGAUUCUCUCUUUGUCCUCGCUGGCUUCAAGUGGCAGGACUUCAGGUGGUUGAAGUACAUCGUCUACAAGGAGAGAAUGAGUGCAUUGGAUGGCUUCUGGAAAUCUGUGGCCACUCGAGUGCCCAAGGAGCCGCCUGAGAUUCGCAUUCUCAACCCGUAUUUCAUCCAGGAGGCUGCCUUCAACCUCAUCGGACUGCCCUUCAACAAUGGCCUCAUGGGCCGGGGGAACAUCCCGACCCUUGGCAGUGUGGCAGUGACCAUGGCACUACACGGCUGUGAUGAGGUGGCAGUUGCAGGUUUUGGCUACGACAUGAGCACGCCCAACGCACCCCUGCACUACUAUGAGACUGUGCGCAUGGCCGCCAUCAAAGAGUCCUGGACACACAAUAUUCAGCGAGAAAAAGACUUUCUGCGGAAGCUGGUGAAAGCACAUGUCAUCACUGACUUAACCAGUGGCAUCUGAGGUGGGCAUGGCCACAGAGGUCCAUGCACUGCCAGGAGCAAGCAGCAGCCACCACCACCUGCCCACUUCAUUGGCCUCGGUAUGGCUCUGCCUGAGAGGCACAGGAGUCUUCAUACCCAGAGAAGGACAGUGCCAAGUGGCCCCAGGGGUGGCAAGGCCUUGGCGGGGCACCCAGAGCUGUGUCUGUUCAGAGGCCAGCCUCAGAGACCAACACUCAGCCUCAGUCUCAGCCUAGGUCCUUGGAGCCAGAAGGCUGGGAGGCUACUGGCGGUGCCUAGCAGGCCCAGCAUGCAGGAGGUGGACAUUAGGCAGCAAGACUGCUGCUGGGAUCAUUUCUCCAAUCAGUGUUUGGUGUAUUAUCAUUUUGUGAAUUUGGGUUGGGGGGAGGGUAGGGAUAAUUUAUUUUUAAAUAAGGUUGGAGAUGUCAGUUUGGUCUACUUGCCCUACAGAAAGAGGCCCAGUAGAGGGCCCAUCAGGCAGCGGUACCAGUGGGCUCCCUGUAGAGUGGGAGAGCCAGAACUAGCCUGUGCCCCACUCUGAAACUAGCCUGUACCCUGCUCCGGAGCUACAGGGAGAUAGAUAGGAUCUCAUGCCAGCCCCCUCCAGCUUACGAUGCUGUUUGGCCUUUCUUGGGGAGAAGAUGGGAUAUUCCCAUUCACCAGCCCCUAGCUGUCCCACAGGGAAACCUUGGAGCCAUCCUUUAAGCCAACAAGACAGCCCCAGGCAACCCUCCCCUCCAACCCCCACGACCCCCCCCCCCCCCCCCCCCCCCCCCCACCCCCCCCCCCCCCCCCCACCGCAACUGAUCCAUAAGACGGUGCCCCAGGCCCAGGCUGACCAGCUUGGCAGCUGUUCUGGGUUUUUUUUUCCUGCUUUUUCUCCCCCAAUCCCCCCAGUACAUAGCUGUAUAUUUUAGUUGUGGAUCCUUUCAGUUGUGGCGUGUAGGACACUGCCUCAGCGUGGUCUGAUGAGCAGUGCCAUGUCCGCGCCCAGGAUCCGAACCAGUGAAACCCUGGGCUGCCGAAGCGGAGUGCGUGAACUUAACCACUCAGCCACAGCAUCGGUCCCUGUUCUGGGUUUUAACAAUGAGACUGUCAGGUCCUGGGGUUCUGCCUUUAGCCUGGACCAGAGGGAAGCGAGGCUCAAGGUCCUUACCCAGGCUGUGGGCAGCAGUCCUGGGCAGCCACCAUGGAAGCAAUAAAGUUCUUCCCUG